UUUUGCGAGUAAUGUAAUUUAGCUGCCCUCCCAUUUGUUUGCCCAAUUUCCAACUCCGAUACGGCCAAACGGAGAUUUCAUCACCUUUUUUCUUCUUUGGUGUUUUCUUUGUUUCAUCAACCUUGCAUACAGUCUUUGAUUGCUCAAGGCAGCAGCUGGAUUCCGUACGUUUGCAGGCUCCAGCAUCGACCCCGCGCCACGCCAAAAGAUUUUCUGGAUUCCACUCUGCCAUCGUCUUGAAAAUCUGCAUUUUCUCCAGCAAAACGACAAUCAGCCGUCAGUAUGGCUUCCGAAGCGGAAAUUGAUCUCUAUGAGAUCCUCGAAAUCGACAGAGGUGCAACGCCCGACCAGAUCAAGAAGGCCUAUCGCAAGGCUGCACUGAGAUACCACCCAGACAAAGUGCCCGAGGACCAGCGCGAAGAGUCAGAAGUCAAGUUCAAGGAGGCCAGCCGGGCCUACGAAAUCCUCAGCGAUGAAGAUAAGCGCCACCUCUACGACACUCACGGCAUGGCUGCCUUUGACGGCUCGCGAGGAGGCCCCGGCGGCCCCGAGGUCGAUCUCAACGAUAUCCUGUCCCAGAUGUUCGGAUUCAACAUGGGCGGCCCCGGUGGCCCCGGCGGUCCUGGCGGCCCUAUGAGACCCCGAAAGGGACCGGACGAGGAGCAGGAAUACAAGGUCACGCUCGAAGAAUUAUACAAGGGAAAGACUGUCAAGUUUUCUGCCAACAAGCAGGUCGUCUGCAGCGUCUGCAAGGGCUCUGGCGGCAAGGAGAAGGCGAAGCCCACUUCCUGCGAGCGCUGCAAGGGCCACGGCAUGGUCGAGGCCAUUCGACAGAUUGGCCCCGGCAUGAUGCGCCGCGAGACUGUCCUGUGCGAUCACUGCACGGGCUCCGGCAAGGUGUAUAAGGAAAAGGACAGGUGCAAGAAGUGCAAGGGCAAGCGAACCACACAGGAGAAGAAGGCGCUGGAGAUUUACAUUCCCCGGGGUUCCAUGCAGGGCGAGCGCAUCGUUCUGGAGGGAGAAGCAGAUCAGUAUCCAGACCAGAUACCCGGAGAUAUUGUCUUCACCCUUAUCGAGGAGCCCCACGACGUCUUUUCCCGACUUGGAAAUGAUCUUUCUGCAGAGUUGACUGUUUCCCUGAGCGAGGCCCUCAUCGGAUUCAACCGCGUGGUGCUGAAACACCUCGACGGCCGGGGUAUCCAGCUCAACCGACCGCGGGGCAAGGUCCUAAAGCCAGUGGACUGCAUCAAGAUCCCUGGUGAGGGUAUGCCCAUGAAGAGGGGCGACGCCAGGGGAGACUUGUAUCUCCUGGUCAAGGUCGAGUUCCCCGAGGACGACUGGCUGAAGGAUGAGUCUGCCUAUGAGGCAUUGGCAAAGAUGCUGCCACCACCACUGCCAGCCGUGGAGGCUGAGGAGAUUGACGAGGUCGAAUAUGAAGACGGCGCUGACAUUGAAGAGAUGGGCGCUGAUCAAGGCGAUCCUCGAUUCGGCAACGAAUGGGAAGACGACGACGAGGGUGAAGGCCAGACACAAUGCGCCACACAGUAAGGAAGGGAAAAAAGAAAAACUCAUCUGACACGUUAAACGUGUCACAAUUUGUUGUUUUGCUUGAGGAUAGAAACUAGACUCCGUUUAUUGAAAAGAAACGGAAACUUGGCCGGCCCAGGGAGUGGGCUCUUACGACUUUUUUUUUUUUCUUUUUUUUUGAAAUUUCCAUGAUGGACGCUGGGAUAGAGGGUUAAUAUGACGGUCAUUACGGGAUGAAGAGAACAAUGGAUAGGGAUGGGAAUGGCUGGUAACAAUGACUUUUUUUUUUUCUUCAUUAGGGGCGCGAAAGCCUUGUAGAAUCCAAUUUGACGAUUUUGCUUAUGAUGGCUGUCUUGUUGGUUUGGAUGUUGUAUUCACAUGAGAGUGGUUACCCUGCAUAUUCGACGAAGUAGUUGUGUAAACCAACAAGGUGAGCAUGAU